CCUACUCCCGUACAUGGCGGUGGGGGAGAGCCAAUGACCCCACGUCCUGCUAACGGCAAGCUUUGGGGAGCCUACAGUAGAGCCAGGCUAGGACAGAGGCUUGUCGUGCCGCGACCUGACCUACCUCCAACCCACCUCUGCCGGGAGCAGCUUCCUGUACGUGUCUUGCUCCGUGCCUCCGUGUAAGUUUUGACAGUCGGCGUCGCGCAUGCGCACGCAUACAUCCAAUCCACCCUUUCUCACACCACCCCUUUCUGUAUCCUACAGCCUGGCCUCUACCACACUCCGCCCCCGGGGCCACGGCCAAAAAUUUGCCUUGACAAUCCUGCCCGGCCCGGGCAUGCGCGUAGCGAGCUGGCAUCCUCACCUCCCGAACUCAUAACACGGGCAUUCCGUUGCACCAACCUGAACCCACCCACCCAUACCUCAUACCUGCCUGCGAGGCGGCUGACUGUAUCCCGUCGUCCCACCCCCAACGCACAACACGCCCUUCUCAAAGAGACACGGCGCCACGCCCAUCCGUCGGAAAAUGUCGCAGAAGUUGAGCACGAGAGAGCAGAACCUCUUCCGCCAGGUCGUCCGGAACUAUGAGGAGAAACAAUACAAGCGUGGCCUCAAGGCUGCCGAACAGAUCCUCAAGAAGAGCCCCAGGCACGGCGACACAAUGGCCAUGAAGGCCCUCAUACUCAACGCCCAGGGCAAGACCGACGAGGCCUUUGCACUGGGCAAGGAGGCCCUGACCGUCGACAUGAAGUCGCACAUCUGCUGGCACGUCUAUGGGCUGCUCUACCGCACCAACAAGAACUUCGAGGAGGCAAUCAAGGCAUACCGCUUCGCCCUCAAGCUCGAGCCCGACUCCAGCCAGAUCCAGCGGGACCUUGCCAUCCUUCAGAUCCAGAUGCGCGACUACCACGGCUACGUCCAGAGCAGGCUCUCCAUGCUGCAGCAGCGGCCCCAGCUGAGGCAGAGCUGGACCGGCCUGGCCAUCGCCCACCACCUCGCCGGCAACCUCACCGAGGCUGAGAACAUCCUCAAGACAUUUGAGGAGACGCUCAAGACGCCUCCCCCAAAGACAGAUAUAGAGCACGCAGAGGCCAUCAUGUACCGGAAUCUGAUCAUCGCCGAGACCGGCGAUACCCAGAGGGCCCUGGACCAUCUUGACUCGAACUGCAAGCAGAACCUGGACCGCCUGGCCUACAUGGAAGCACGAGCCAAGUACCUGACCCAGCUGGGGAGGAAGGAUGAGGCUGCCCGGGCCUAUCGUGCGCUUCUUGACCGGAACCCUGAUCAUCCUGAAUAUUACGACUCCCUUAUCGCAGUACUUGACCUGGCCGAGGAUGACCACGCGGCACGCAAGGCGAUCUAUGACGAGUAUGUUGCAAAGUCGCCCCGCUCAGACGCCGCGAAACGACUUCCCCUGGACUUCUUGAGCGGCGACGAGUUCCGAGAAGCAGCGAAGAAGUACCUGGCUGCGGUCCUGGACAAGGGCGUGCCGUCUACCUUUGCCAACCUGAAGCAUUUGUAUAGUGACGAUUUCAAGAGGGCAACCCUGCCUGCCCUCGUGCAAGAAUACCUGGACACGGCAGAUGGGCAGCAUGCCAAUGGGGACAGCUCCAAGGGCAAAGGGGCAGCCCUGUACUUUUUGGCCCAGCACUACAACUACUCCAAGAGCCGGGACCUUGCCAGGGCUAUGGAGUACGUGGACAAGGCCAUCGAGCUCGACCCCAAGAACGUCGACUUUGCCAUGACCAAGGCCCGCAUAUGGAAGCACCACGGGAACCUGCCCAGGGCCUCGGAGGCCAUGGACCACGCCCGAGCACUCGACACCAGGGAUCGGUACAUCAACACCAAGGCAGCCAAGUACCAAUUGCGGAACAACGAGUGCGACAAGGCACUCAGGACAAUGGGCAUGUUCACCAAGGCCGACACCCCCGGCGGUCCGCUCGCAGACCUCCUGGACAUGCAGAGCGUCUGGUUCCUGACCGAGGACGGCGAGGCCCACGCGCGGCUGGGAAACAAGGGAAUAGCCUUGAAGCGGUUCCACGCGGUCUACAACAUCUUUGACGUGUGGCAGGAGGACCAGUUCGACUUCCACAGCUUCUCGCUGCGCAAGGGCAUGAUCCGGGCCUAUGUCGACAUGGUGAGGUGGGAGGACCACCUCCGGGACCACCCCAUGUACACGCGCGUGGCAAUCGGUGCCGCACGCGCGUACCUGCGGCUACACGAGGAGCGGGCGGCAGUGGAGGCCAACGGCGUCAACGGAUCAGGGGACGCGCAUGGUGACGACGCCCUGGAGAGGAAGAAGGCGGCAAAGAAGGCAAAGAAGGAGUCGCAGCGGCUGGAGCGGGAGGCGGCGGAGAGGGCAGCCAAGCAGAACCCCAACCAGGGCCAGAAAGGAAAGCAGGACGCGGAGGCGCUCAAGAAGAAGGACGACGACCCGCUAGGGCAGAAACUGACGGCCACGACGGACCCGCUGGGAGAAGCCAUGAAGUUUGUCAGCCCGAUGCUAGCGUGCAGCCCGAAGAGCAUUGAUGCGCAGACGACGGCGUUCGAGGUGCUGAUCCUCAGGAAAAAGUACAUACGGGCGCUUGGUUGCCUGAAGGCGGUGUUUGCGCUGGACAGGGAGAACGCCGUGGCCCACGAACAGGCGGUGCGGCUCAGGCAGGCGCUGGACCAGGAGGCCGGCACACUGCCACCCAAGGUGGCCGAGGUCAUCAAGGCGGAGUUUACGGAAAUCCCGGCAUCUACGGACCUCACCAAGCACAACGAGGGGUUCCGGAAGAGGCACGAAAGCAGCGCGCCGCACGUGCUUGCAACGAUCCGCGUGCAAGACAGGCUGGGCGGGGACCGGGGGAGGCUGGGCAAGGAGGUAACAAGCCUGCUGGAGAUGGAGGGAGUGGAGCUCAGGGACGCCAGCGAUGCGCAGGAACUGCUGAGGGGCUGGAAGAGCGAGGAGCUCGAGGAGUUCAAGAAGGCGGCAGCGCAGAAGUGGCCCGAGUCGUCGGUCUUCAUAUAAAGAAAGGGGCGGCGGUUGGAUAGGUAGGGUUGGCUGUCGAAGGCAAGGGCGGGGGAAAGGGAAAAAAGAAAGAGGGCAGGUGGGCUGGCUGCAGGCCGGAUUGGCAAGACUGUAGAUAGUUUGUUGAAGACGGACAAUCGAGGAAAAGAAGCAAUGCAGCCACGGAACCAAGCCUGUACGCUGCUGGCAGUCCCUGCGGGAGAGGAGGGAGCAGAGGGCGAGGGCGAGGGCGAGGGCGAGGGCGGAGCCGGAGGGCAGCUGGGCCGGCCUGGCGAGGCAAGGCUGGCUGGCUGGCGUGGCCGGGCUAGUGAUAAGUCAGUCAGUCAGUCAGUCCAUGUGUCCAUGUUCCAUGGUGCAUGACCAGCCGGGCUCGGCUUCCGCGGGCUGUCUACAGGGUCUGUGCGAGACAAGCCUCUUGUUACGGCAAUGGUUUGCAACUGCACAAAUACAUUGUGUUGUUGUACAAUGUGCUCGAGGAGGACAUACAAGAAAAAAACAGAGGAGAAGCCUCAGUUUGGUCUCUAAGUGCAGUUGUAUAUAUGGUCUUGGUUGGCCAGGCGUGG